CUUUUUUUUUUUCUAUUAUUUUCCCUUCCUUCCCCUCCUUCUUUCACUUCACUCGCCAGUAUCGCUUCGAUUCUUGAUUCUCUAAGUCGAAACUCGAUUGAUUGUUCCCAAAAGCGAGGAAUCCCGCAAUGUCCCUUCUCCAGUUCUCCCUGCCCUCGCCCUCCUUCGCCACUGCGAUCCCUCGCCCCAAUCUCAAACCCAAUAAUGCUGGCCCAACCCUUUCUCUCGUCAACGGCAUCACCACCCCGUCCCGGAGAUCCGAUCCUUCAAUAAGGGUGGUUUUACCGGCGGGGUCAUCGAGGAGGCAAUUCCGAGGGGUCGUCUGCUACGCCGCGCCGGUCAGUCCCCAGUCGCUGCAGUGGGUUUCCGCUGUCUCCGCCGCGGUAUUAAUGCUGGCUAAAGGCACUACUAUCCAAAAAUCAUUUCUUGUUCCUCUGUUUGCUCUGCAAGCACCUACAAGCAUCAUCUCAUGGAUUAAGGGCAAAUAUGGUACUUGGACUGUUUUCUUGGCACUUCUGGUCCGCUUAUUCUACUUCAUUCCAGGGGAACUGGUUCUGCCCUUCUUAGCAAUGCUGCUUGUGAUAGUCGCUCCCUAUGAAACUAUGAACCUUAGAGGAACUCAAGCUGGUACAAUUAUUUCUUUGGCAAUCGCUGGGUAUUUGGCUUUUCAACAUUUCUCAAGGAUGGGAAGCUUGAGAAGAGCAUUCGAUCAAGGAUCAAUUGUUGCAACCUUGGCUGUCAUCUGCAUUGCUAUUGUUCCAUGCUUGUUUUUGGUAUGAUCUUAUUUGCAUCAAGAAGCCUUCGAGUGGAUAAGGAAAUGAAAAAAGCUAUUGAAGAAGGCUAUAGCCCUCUUGUAUCUUUCUGAAUAAAUGUUCCCAAGUAAAGAUCUGUGAUGAUAUAUGUUGAAAGAUAAGUGAAGCAUCACUUAUAGAGUUGUCAUAAAUUUUCAAGAGUUUAGCAACAAGUAUUAGAAUCUCCGCAUAUGAUGAUAUAUAUUGUGACAAAGGAUACCAUUGCAGGCUAUCAUCAUAAAAAUUUCAAGGAAGUGCGAUAAUUUUUUUAUUAAUUUGAUCUUCCUUUCUGGUUGCA